ACUACUUCAAGUUCAACAAAUAAUAAUGUUGUAUCAACAUCUAAUUUUGCUAGUUCUUUACGUGGAAAUCAAUUGAAGGUUAAACUUUUUAAUUUUUUUUUGGGGUUUUUGUUUUUUGUGUUUUUUCUUUUUUUUUUGCUUUGGUUUUUAUGUUUCCUUCUUAUGCUUUUUUUUAUUUUUUUCGAGUCCAGCUUUGAAUAUUUUUUUGGUAAAUAAUUUUUUUAUGAGAACACGUCAUGCAAAAUUUAAUAAAAAUAAAUUUUUAAAAAUUCAUUUGGAAGCUGGACUUUUUUUAAAUUUUUCUAUCCAGGGUUGCCUCUAUUUUUUACUUUGUUUUUGAAAUCGAGUUGAGUGUCGUUUGUGGUUAUAAGAAAUUUAAGAGUGUUGGAGUGUUUUGUUGGGCAACCCUGUUUAUUCUUUUAAAUAUUUUUUGAUUAAAUCACUGGCCCUCUCUACUAGGAUACAAAUUUUCUCUCUCUCAAUAUUAAGAUUUUCUUUUUAAUUUUUUUGUAGAAUAUUGACCAAGGAACUCCACAAAAUCCUAUAUUACUUACCAAUAAUAACCAAGAUGUCCAAAACAAAGAAGAAGAUAACCACAAAUCUUCUUCUAUUACCAAAACAAAAAAUGAUUUACAUAAUAAGUGUAAUCUUAUCAAUUUAAAUAUUGAUAAUGAUGUAAUUGGAUAUCCUAUAUUAAAAACCAAAAAGCGUUAUUUAUUAACUUGUUCUUCUUCAAAUAAUGGUGGUGGUUGUGUUGCUGGUACUUCUUCUACUUUAAAUGAUAAUAAUAUUGAUGAUGAUGUUGUUGUUGAUGGUGGAGGAGGAGGAGGGGUAUUUAAUAAUUCAAAGGAGUCAAGAUCUUGUGUUGAUUCAAAGGUUACCUUUUUUUAAAGUUUUGUUGUUGUUGUGGAUGUGUGAAGUAGUUUGGUUUUACGGCUGUCUUCUUUUUAGUUUUUUCGAGUUCUCUUUGUUUUUGUUUUUAUUUAUUUUUACAUUAAAAAUUUGUUCUCUUUUUUUUUCAGUAUCGCAGCAAAAUGAUCAAAUUUGCACGUUCUCGAAUUCAUGGAUGGGGGUUGUUCUCUUUGGAAGCUAUAGCUCCCGAUGAAAUGAUCGUCGAAUAUAUUGGUGAAAAAAUUCGACCAGAAGUUGCAAAUGUGCGCGAAUUGGCUUAUGAAAAACAAGGAAUUGGUUCUUCAUAUUUAUUUAGAAUUGAUGAAAAUGUUGUAAUUGAUGCCACCAAGAAGGGCAAUUUUGCUCGGUUUAUCAACCAUUCGUGCCAGCCAAAUUGUUAUGCAAAAGUUUUGACUGUUCAAGGUGAAAAGAGGAUUGUAAUUUACAGCAAGCGAUUUAUUCAGAAGGGAGAAGAGAUUACGUAUGACUACAAAUUUCCUCUUGAAGAUGUAAAAAUUCCUUGCCUUUGUGGUGCUUCUCAAUGUCGUGGAUACCUCAAUUAAAUUAUGUUUCCUUUUUUCGUUUGUUUGUAUUUUUUACCUUGAUUUUACGUUAGUUUUCUUUCAUUUCAAUAAAAGUAGUUCUCGGUGCCUAUAUUACAAAUAAAUUUAAAAUAUUGAGGGAAUAUUAGUGAACUUGUAUUUUCUUUGUUUUCUCUUCAAUUUUUAGGUACUUGGUAAGGGGGCCUGAAAAAAAUUUUUUAUCCCAAGUUUCCCUUGCUAGCAGAAAGCAUGAUGUUUGUGACCCUUUUGAGUCUUGACCCAUCUUUAUAAUCAAAAUAAAAUUUUCUGUCGAAACAAUUGCCAAGUACUUUAUUUUCUUUCGAAUUAAGUAAGCCAAAAAAAUAGGAAUAUAAAAAAUAUAUAUUAUGUACUGCCAAUCUUUAUCUUUCAUUCACUCAAUAAUUUGAUUUGUUUUUACAAAAAUUUUCAAAAUUUUUGUUUGUUUUUCUCAUUAUUUAUGUAUUCUCUGAUUUGUAUUUUUUCCUUUUACUUUUAUUAUAUGUAUUUAAAAGCCAAAAAUUUGUCCAAAAAAUAUAUACAUUAUAUAUGCUCCAAUAAUUACCCUGGACCUCUAAAAGGGAGG